AUGACAACAGAGAUCAGAAAUAUAAAGCUGGUGCAGAAGAUUGCGUCAGGGGCCUUUGGAGACAUAUUUAUUGGGCAGAAUACGGUGACAAACCAGACGGUUGCAGUGAAGCUGGAGAAGAAGGCACACUAUGGGCAGCUGAAGCACGAGUAUGGGGUGUAUAAGGCGCUUGGGGGCACCCGCACACCGAGGAUCUACGAGUAUGGGAAGAUCCUGUAUGAAAAUGUAUAUGUCAAUGGGCUGGUGAUGGAGCUUAUGGGAAAGUCUUUAGAGCAGCUAUUUGUUACGUGCAGCAGGCGCUUUUCCCUGAAGACUGUGCUGAUGCUAGGGGAGAGGAUGGUUGACAAUGUAGAGUACCUGCACCAUAGAAACUAUGUUCACAGGGAUAUCAAGCCAGACAACUUUGUAUUUGAUGUCCAGGGGGACAGGUUGUAUCUGAUAGACUACGGACUAGCGAAGGAGUUUCGGAAUCCAAUGACAUUCAAGCACAGGGAGAUGAGGACGGACAAGUCCUUGACGGGCACAGCAAGAUAUGCCUCUCUGAGGACACAUCAGGGAUAUGAGCAGAGCAGGAGAGACGACCUCGAAAGCGUUGGGUUCUGUAUGGUGUAUUUUCUCAAGGGGAGGCUUCCUUGGCAGGGGCUGAAGGCAAAGACAAAGCAGGAGAAGUACGACAGGAUCCGGGAAAGCAAGGAGAGCAUAUCUCUGUACGAGCUGUGCAUGGGGCUUCCAAAGGAAAUACACUCGUUCUGCUUUUAUGUCCGGAACCUUGGAUACGAGGACAUGCCGAACUACGCAUAUCUAAGGACACUGCUCAGCGAUGCACUUCGGCAGAGAGGACUUCGAAGCGAUGGAGUGUUUGACUGGAUGGUGAGGACUCCCUCUGACUCUAUGGGGGAUCUGGAGAUUCUGUGA